UUACUAUUUAUAGGAACAUUCUAGCACGCAGAACGGUUACGGUGCGGUAGCCAUUUUAUUUGGUGUAAAUUGAUAUAUUGUGUAUUGUUUAUAUUUCUACGAUUUAAGAAUGUCAUUUUUAAACCAUACACAACCGUCUGGAAACCCAGUACCGCAAACGGAGGCACUUGUUGGACAAGCAAAGAAUAAAGCAGGAGGUUUUUCGUAUGAAGUUGACGAUUUUACUCGCCUAUUGAGAUUUCUGAUAUUAGGGGCAGAAGGAGGAACCUAUUACAGUUCCGAGAAAGAACUCAAACGAGAAAAUGUUCAAAGUAUAGACAGGCUGAUAAUGACUGAUCAGGGUGAAAAGGUUGUAGAGUGGAUUCGUGACGUCAGCGUCAAUGGCAGGGCUUGCAAACAGAAUACCACUAUCUACGCCUUAUCAGUAUGCGCAAGAUCAAACGAUUUGAAGACCAAAAAUGCUGCAUAUCGUGCACUAAGUGACAUUUGUCGCAUUCCUACACAUCUUUUUGAGUUCGUGAAAUAUUGCGAGAAUGAAAGUGCAGGAAGCGGAUGGGGAAGAGCCCAUAGGGUAGCCAUAGGGAAAUGGUACAAUAGUUACAAAGAUAAGCCAAAGAAACUUGCAUACCACGUUACAAAGUACCAAAGUCGACAUUCUUGGAAUCAUAAAGAUGUUCUUCGAUUGGCGCACAUCAAACCUGAAACAAACGCCAUUGGCAAAGUCAUUAAGUAUAUUAUCAAAGGUCUAAAUGAGGCAAAAACGGACCCAGUGCCGAUGGCCGACAAUGGAAACGUUCAAGAAGUUUUAGAUUUCUUGGAAGGAGUGGAAAAAGCAAAGAAAUGUCCCCGACAGGAAAUUGAAAGCAUGAAAGAGCUGAUUGCGCUUCAUGAGCUUGCAAGAGAACAUGUACCAACUACCAUGCUUGACUCUGUCGAAAUUUGGAGCGUUUUGUUCCGACAGAUGCCGAUGACUGCAAUGAUCAGAAAUCUAGGGAAAAUGUCCAGCCUUCAGAUGUUUCAAUCGGAUAAUGAAGAGGGAAAGUUUAGAGAAGAUUUGGUGAUUGAAAAACUAGGUAGUGAAACUAUAUUGAAGAACGCGAAAAUACAUCCGUUUACAAUAAUGACAGCGUGGUAUCAGUAUCAAGCUGGGAGGGGAGAUAAGGGAAAGUUGUCAUGGCCAGUAAACGAUAGAAUUGUGAACGCUUUAGAGGGGGCUUUCUAUAAAGCUUUCGAGUUUGUUGAACCAACAAACAAAAGGUAUCUAUUGGCUGUUGAUGUUAGUGGAUCUAUGACGGCACCUGUUCAUGGUUCCAGUCACAUUACCUGUCGUGAUGCCUCUGCUGCAAUGAUGUUACUGACCGCAAAAACGGAAAAGGCCUGCGAUGUCCUUGCUUUUUCUGAAAAUUUUACUAAACUAGACGUUUCAGCAACAGACACUAUGAAGUCUGUCAUUUAUAAAUGUUCGUCUUUACCAUUCCAACGUACAGACUGUUCGCUUCCAAUGCAGUAUGCUUAUAAGAACAAAAAACAGUAUGAUGUUUUCGUCGUGUACACAGAUUCCGAAACUUUCUUUGGAAAUAUGCAUCCAUCGAAAGCUCUAGAAGAAUACAGGAAAUAUUCGGGAAUCCUAGACUCUCGUUUGAUUGUCUGUGGAAUGGCUACUAAUGGGUUUAGUAUUGCUGAUCCGAGCGACAAGUUUAUGAUGGAUGUUGUUGGAUUCGACACAAAUGCACCGAAAGCCAUGGCCUCUUUCGUCAAAGGGGAGUUAUAGAAUACUUCGAUCCAUGAAAAACAUGUUAAAAAAGAUUUUUCAUCGAGAAUUUCGGACGUUUUGUUAUACAAUCAUUAUCAUACUGUUUUACAAUACUACUCAUAUUCUGACGUUUAAGUAAACUUUAAGUUUUAAAUUGUCGAAGAAAUUAUUUGUACAUAUAACAUUCAUAUUUUACUUACAAAGAUAAGUUUCUCGAAAGGCCAUAUAUUAAUAUAGAAAUUCCGGUUACUUUUAUACAUACGUAUAUCUUUGUGUUACUUUGAACUGUUUUUUGUUAUUUUUUUUAAGAAGAGGAUGUUUUAUUUAAAAUUCGUUUGUUUGUAUCGUUUAUUAAGGAUGUACACCUCUGAGGAGCCAAAAAUUUCUAGAAUUAAACUAUUUUUCUUAACCUGAUUUUUGGGUUUAUAAGACUGUAACAAAAUAAUUGGUGAAGAGAAAAUCAUAUGGUGGUGCACUUCUUUUUUUGCUACGGUCUUUUGAAAAUGCCCAAUUUUGAUGAUUUUCACAUUUUUUAUCGAUUUUUACCUAUUUUUGGGCUAUUAUCGUGAAAAAUAUCACAGUUCCACAAUUAAACUUUUUUUCAUACUUUCUAUAAAGAUGAAGUGGACCAAUCUGAAUAAUUUUUACUUACAAAAACUAUAGGUAGGUGUUAAUAUAAGAAAGUUUUAUCAUAUUUUGACGUUUUUUUUAGUAAAAUUUACCAUGCUGUCAAUUUUGUAUUUUUGUGAUUUUUCUCAGUUUUAAGAACAAAAUGCAUAUUAUUUCAACUUUUUUUGUCAUAAAUGAUUGAAAUAAUACAUAUCUAAGAAAUUAGAAAGACCAAAAUGAUAUGGGAUGAACAUGAUUCUUGUAAAAUCAUUUUUUGUAUCCCUCACCUAGUUUCUCAAAAUUGUGGCUAAAAAUAUUGACUUGAUUGGUCGUAAAAUUUGAAAACUGGAUUACUCAAAAACCAUUCAUGGUACAUGCACAAUUUUUUCACAGAUUCAUGUUUGAUUAUAAUAUUUUUAAAAUUCAUUGAUAUUGUCCACUUCUAUCACAUGUUUUGGAAAUAAUUCAAGAACGAGAUUUCAACGGGACUGAACGAGACUGAAAAGUCAGAAGAAUACAUCCUUAAGGAAAGUGCGAUAUAUUCAAGAAAUAAUAAGCAUGUUAAGAGGAGCUGUUAGUUUUUGCGAUUGAAUAGUUUUACAUUAUAAAUGUCAUUUUGGUGCCUUUUUAAAGCUUACUAUGCUGUAUGGGUUUCGCUCAUUUUUGAAGAAAACUCUUCAAGCACAAUGACCUAUAUCGGUCAUUUAGUCUGGUGUAGAGUUGUCUUAUUGAUAUGACAAUCAUAUAACAUCUUCUUUAUUUUUAUAUUUACACACUGGUUACAGAAAUGAAAACAACAUAUGUCAAGAUUAAAUUAGCAUGUAGUAAAGUGAUUUUCAAAUUUCAACCGAUCAAAUACAAAAUAGAAUUCCAUUAAAUAUCAGUUCAAAUUAGUUUUUAAAAGAACAGAAGAAGUACAAAUUGUUGGUCUUAAUUUUGAAUUAUAGUAUUUUUUAAUGAAGUAUGUAUUUAUGGUUUUCAUCACGCCUCUUAGGAAUUAAGAAAAGAAUGUUUGUCAUUCUAUUUGAAUGAAUUCAUAGAAUUUGUAACUGCAUUAUAUUAUAACAUUCUAAUUAAAGACACCUUAUUAAA